GGAGCGGCGCAGAGGCCUCUGGGAAAUAGGAAGUCAGGAGCUCCUCUUGGCCACACCUCCGGCUCUCCCUGAGAGCUCUGAGCCGCUUCGCUCUCCCGCCCCUGCCCAGAGUCCUGCUGCCAGCCAAGGGGGAUCCUGGAGUCCCAGGGAAUGGCCUUUGAGAGGAACAGACUCCCAGCUCAGCCUUCUGUGCUCUGACUUGGGCUGCUCUAGGAGAUGGUGACGUUCCAGGAUGUGGCUGUGGACUUCACACGGGAGGAGUGGUGCCUCUUGUCCCCUCCCCAGAAGGAGCUGUACAAGGAGGUGAUGCUGGAGAAUGCCUGGAACCUGCUCUCUGUGGGGCUUCCAGCUCUCCCAGAAGAUGUGAUCUCUUAUUUGGAGCAGAGGGAAGCCCCAUGGAUGCUGGAGCGAGAAGGUCCGAGGAGCUGCUGCCCAGGAGAGAUCCUACUGGAAAUGAAGGUGACUCGAGAAGAUAUGAGUCUUUCUGUGGAAGAAAUGGACAAACAAAGACUCAUGAGUGAUGUUCCAGGUAACAUAGCUUGGAGAGAAUUCUGUGUUGAAUCUCAAACUUCAUCCCAUACUGAAUAUCAAAGAAUGAAUUCUGAGGAAAAGUCUAGUGAAUGCAAGCAAUGUGGAAAGAUAUUCAGUCUGAGAUCCAGUCUUGCUCAGCAUCAGAGAAUCCAUACUGGGGAGAGACCUUAUCAAUGCAAGGAAUGUGGAAAAGCAUUCACUCUGAGAUCCAGUCUUGCUCAGCAUCAGAGAAUCCACACUGGGGAGAAACCUUAUGAAUGCAAGCAAUGUGGAAAGACAUUCACAGAGUGCUCCACUCUUGCUGUACAUCAGAGAAUCCACACUGGAGAGAAACCCUAUGAAUGUAAGCAAUGUGGAAAGACAUUCAGAGUGAGAUCUAGUCUUGCUCAGCAUCACAGAAUCCACACUGGGGAGAAACCUUAUGAAUGCAAGAAAUGUGGAAAGACAUUCAAUCUGAGCUCCAAACUUGUUCAGCAUCACAGAAUCCAUACUGGGGAGAAACCCUAUGAAUGUAAGCAAUGUGGAAAGUCAUUCAGACUGAGAUCCAGUCUUGCUGAACAUCACAGAAUCCACACUGGGGAGAAACCUUAUGAAUGUAAGCAAUGUGGAAAGACCUUCAGAGUGAGAUCCAGUCUUGCUCGACAUCAGAGAAUCCACACUGGGGAGAAACCUUAUGAAUGUAAGCAAUGUGGAAAGUCAUUCAGUCAGAGCUCCCAUCUUACUGGACAUCAGAGAAAUCAUAGACUUUCACACUGAACUCUUACAUUUCACUAGUAUGUCACAAGCUCUACUUAGAUUAGGUCCAAGUGGACAUGAUUUAGACCUAAAGUGUGAUGCCAUUAGCAAAUUAAGGGAGCAUAGAAUCAUUUGCCUUUGAAAUCAAUUUAUUUACAAGGGAAGAAUUUGUGACCAAAUUAAAAGUACACAACAUGAGAGGCAUCAUGGAUUUUUGUUGUCUUAAGUUCAAAACUGUAAAAACAAAGAGUACCAAAAAAUUAAAAGGGGAAACAACAAGCUAUCAUUUGCUUUAAAACAAGAUGUUCAACUGUGUGAAGGGAACCCUCUCCCAGGAUCGUGCAUGGGAUCUUACCUGCAUCCCAAAGUCCAAGCAACAGUCAUCUUGUUUGGGUCAUGUGACUGUGUGUGAACCAGACAUGAUUGAAGGGGACCUUCUGGAAGGGCGAGGGAGGAAAAAAGGUUGAAGACCAGGAAGUAGGGUCUCUUUCUGGAGUUAACUGUGAUGGGGAAGGUGGCUAAGGGAACCAUGUGGAGAGCACCCAAAUGGCUAAAACACUUUUCUCUUUAGUCCUCUACCUCUCCCUAUCAAAGUAGACCCUAAUAAAAUUAAUGAAAAAUAAA